AUGAACACUGCUUCAAAAAUCCGAAAGCCCCAAACUAAUAAUUUUACCUCCAUUUUGGACCAGAUCCUAAAAAAAUAUAACCUAUCCACCGAAUCUAAUCCAUCACAAUUACAUGUCUACGCUAGUGAACUCGGUGCUAUGUUACCAGAUUGGAAAGCUCACCAGAUCAAGGCUCUUGUACCAGAUAAAAGGAAUGAAAAACUUACUAUUAAAGAGAGAGCUCAAUACUGUGCAAAAUCUGGAGAUCCAUAUGAUAUUUGGUUACAUGCUUUAGAUUUAAUCAAGACAAAAAAUGAUAGUGAUGAAGAAAUUGUUGCAUCCAGCUCACGUCUUACAUUAUUUCGUAAGGAAUUGAAAGAAGCUGGAGUUGAUUCUAAAGUAAUUGAUAUAUAUGCUAAAUUUUCAGCACUUACUCAAGAUUCUAACGAAAUUCAGAAGAAGCAACUUCAGAAAUGUGAUCCGAUUCAACUUGGAAUCAAAAAGACCUAUAAAGCUAUUAUAUCAGGACUUAUUGAUAUCGGCAAAUUUUUUCUUGGUUACUCAUCAUGGAUUGCGGAACGAGCUGUAAUCAAGAAUAUAAGCAAACCCAGAUGCAAAGAUUUCAGAGCUUUUAAUGAUAACCUAUGUGCAGUUCAUUUAGGUAAGGAAAAAGUACUGCUGAAUAAACCAAUAUAUGUAGGCUCUGCAGUAUUGGAUCUAA